CUCGUGCUUCCAACCUCACUCCCAGCAGCUUCUUCCGGCACGGCGCCAUUGCAGUUCACGAUGCCGGCCUACAACUCCGACUUCAACUCCGACCCGAACCCUCCUCGCCUCAUCGGCAACUUCCCUCUCCUGCCUCUCCGCACAAAGACCCGCGGUCCCGCCUACGUCCUGCCCUUCCCGUCACCGCCGCUGCCCGCCUACGAGUCCCCCGAGAUCGAGAGCGAGAGCUACGACAUCCUCGACGAGGUCCUCCGCCUCUUCCGCGCAAACACCUUCUUCCGCAACUUUGAGAUCAAGGGCCCCGCCGACCGCCUGCUCGUCUACGGAAUCUGGUUCGUGAGCGACUGCCUGACCAAGAUCAAGCCCAAUGCCAUUGCCCGCGAUGCCGCCAAGGAGGUCAACAACCUGGCUCUGGAUCUCAACUUUGCCAUUCCCGGAGACCCAGCAUUCCCUCUGAACCAGAUGUACGAGCCUCCUCGGGACAGACAGGACGCGGAGCAGCUCAAGCUGUACAUGGCGCAGGUCCGCCAGGAGCUUGCCACCCGGUUACUGGCUAGAGUGUACGAGGAAGACGAGACCAAGCCGAGCAAGUGGUGGUUGAGCUUCACGAAGAGAAAGUUUAUGGGCAAGUCGUUGUAGAGAAGUGGGAUUUUCGUACUUGGAGACAUCUAGAUCGGGGAAUACUAUUCUUAUUUUACUGCAACAUAAACCAGCAUUGAGCAUGCCUAGCUGGGAAUCCCGUUAUGAAAAGGGAGCCGAAUUUGCAUGCACGCAAAGGAUAUUCGAAAUUUCUAUUCAUACUUGACAGACUCUCAUGUACACCCCGUCGUCAAAUUCAACUCAUUCUAUUUCCCACCGCACUUGAC